AUGUACUUUUUUGAAGCAGCAAACCAGAACUAUCAGCUACCGAGUACCUCAGUGUUUGACCAGAACAUUCAGCCACCGAGCCCCACACUUCCUUUUUACACUAUUAACGAAGCUCAGAUUCCCACCAUUAACGCACCGUUGACACGACAACAACAGCAACCGCAACCGCAGCCGCACAUGUUUGCCGUUCCCCAGCACCCGUCAGUCAUUUCGGCUCCUGUUUCCUCGCCCGCACUUAUGUGGGCAGCAAACAAUAUGUACGGCGCAGCGCAGAUGGUGGCGGCUCCCGAUGAUGCGGCGGCCCGCUUUCUUCCACCAAAGUGUAACAGUGGGGCCGCUGUGCAAACAAUGCAGCCAGUGCUUGUCCCACAGCAACAAACCCCCGGUGGACCCCUCCUCUAUAUGGUAGCGACCGUCCCAAUGCAGCAGUCGUUUCAGCAGGCCGCCCCCCCAGAGAAGCGGAGCCGACACCUCCUUUCGCCCAUCUCUCAGAUGAUGAUGCAAGAGAACUCUGCCGCCAUGACCCCACAAACGAUUCCUGCUGAUGAGGUAAAUCCCAAAAACACGACGCUUGGUUCCCCCGCCGCGGAUCUUCAGGGAUCCGGUAAGAAUGCCAAAAUAAACGUCAAUGCGGUAUGUCGCCAUUUCAUGAAGAGUUGUUGCAACCGCAGGAAGUGCCGAUUCUUGCAUACGCCCGAUGACGCCUCUCUCCCCAACAUCUGA